GCGGCGCGGCCGCCGCUCGGCGCCUUUAAGGGAGCGGGAGGGAGAGGCGAGUCGGCGGCGGCUGCGGUGGCGGCGGCCGAGCAAGCGGGGCGGGGGCGCGGGGCGCGGCGCGCACGGAGAGUCCGCUCCGGCCGGAGGUGCCCGGGCCCGGCCGGGAGCGAGCAGCGCCGGCAGCGCAGCAGAACCGGCCGCCCGGGACAUGGCCAAGGCGGGCGGCGCAGGUGGCCCUUCCCCGGGUGGCAGUGCCCCCUGGCACCUUCGGAAUGUCCUCGGUGAUUCAGUGGAGAGUUCAGAUGAUGAAUUCUUUGAUGCUAGAGAGGAGGUGGCUGAAGGUAAGAAUGCCAUCCUUAUUGGAAUGAGCCAGUGGAGUUCCAAUGACCUGGUGGAGCAGAUUGAGACCAUGGGAAAGCUGGAUGAGCAUCAAGGAGAAGGGGCCGCAGCGUGCACAUCCAGCAUCUUGCAGGAGAAACAGCGAGAACUAUAUCGGGUGUCCCUUAGAAGACAGAAAUUCCCAGCCCAAGGAAGCAUCGAGAUCCAUGAAGAUGGCGAGGAAGGCUGCUCACAGCGUUCCUGCAAGACACAUGUCCUCCUGCUGGUGCUGCAUGGGGGCAACGUCCUAGACACCGGCUCUAGCGACCCUUCCUGUAAGGCAGCUGACAUUCACACCUUCAGUUCUGUGCUGGAGAAGGUCACGCGCGCCCACUUCCCUGCUGCCCUGGGCCACAUCCUCAUCAAAUUUGUCCCUUGUCCUGCCAUCUGCUCGGAGGCUUUCUCACUCGUCUCUAACCUGAACCCCUAUAGCCACGACGAGGGCUGCCUCAGCACCAGCCAGGAUCACGUUCCCCUGGCUGCCCUUCCCCUGCUGGCCAUCUCCUCUCCACAGUACCAGAAUGCUGUUGCCACUGUCAUCGAGCGGGCCAACCACAUCUAUGGAGAGUUUCUCAAGUCCUCAGAUGGGAUUGGCUUCAGUGGGCAGGUGUGUCUCAUCGGGGACUGUGUGGGCGGCCUCCUGGCUUUUGAUGCCAUCUGCUACAGUGCGGGGCCCUCAGGGGACAGCCCUGGCAGCAGCAGCCGGAAGGGGAGCAUCAGCAGUACCCAGGACACCGCUGUGGUUGAGGAUGAGGACUGUGAUCUGGCCAGCAGCAAGCGUCUCAGCAAGAGUAACAUUGAUGUAUCCAGUGGAGUGGAGGAUGAGGAGCCCAAGAGGCCAUUGCCACGGAAACAGAGUGCCUCCUCCACCUAUGACUGUGAGGCCAUCACCCAGCAUCACGCCUUCCUCUCAAGCAUCCACUCCAGUGUGCUGAAGGAUGAGGCCGAGGUUCCUGCAGCUGGGACACCCCAGGUCUCUGAGGUCAGCCUGGGUCGCUUUGACUUUGACGUGUCUGACUUCUUCCUCUUUGGCUCACCCCUGGGCCUGGUCCUGGCCAUGCGGAGGACAGUGCUGCCUGGGAUAGAUGGUUUUCAGAUGCGUCCUGCCUGUAGCCAGGUCUACAGCUUCUUCCACUGUGCCGAUCCCUCCGCCUCACGUCUUGAGCCACUGCUGGAGCCCAAGUUCCACCUGGUGCCGCCUGUCAGCGUGCCUCGCUACCAGAGGUUCCCCCUGGGCGAUGGACAGUCUCUGCUGCUUGCUGAUGCCCUGCACACCCACAGCCCCCUAUUCCUGGAGGGCAGCUCCAGGGGAAGCCCCCCGCUUCUGGAUGCCCCUGCCUCGCCCCCUCAGGCCCCAAGAUUCCAGCGCCCAGAACGGAGACUAAGUGAAGGCAGCUCCCACAGUGACAGUUCAGAGUCUUCAGACAGCCUGGCACCUAUGGGAGCCUCCCGCAUCACAGCCAAGUGGUGGGGAACCAAGAGGAUUGACUAUGCCCUGUACUGCCCCGAUGUCCUCACCGCCUUCCCCACUGUGGCCCUGCCCCACCUCUUCCACGCCAGCUACUGGGAGUCUACCGAUGUGGUCGCCUUCAUCUUGAGACAGGUGAUGCGGUAUGAGAGCGCAAGUGUGAAGGAGAACACUGGCCUGGACCCCACGGCUCUGAGCCCCACUAACCCCCGUGAGAAGUGGCUGCGCAAGCGGACCCAGGUCAAGUUGCGGAAUGUUACUGCAAACCACCGUGCCAAUGAUGUAAUUGCUGCUGAAGAUGGCCCCCAGGUCCUGGUGGGGCGCUUCAUGUAUGGCCCUCUUGACAUGGUGGCUCUGACUGGAGAGAAGGUGGACAUCCUGGUGAUGACAGAGCCAUCGUCAGGCCGCUGGGUCCACCUGGACACAGAGAUCACCAACAACAGCGGCAGGAUAACCUACAAUGUGCCCAGGCCUCGGCGCCUGGGUGUUGGUGUCUAUCCUAUAAAGAUGGUGGUCAGGGGUGACCAGACCUGUGCGAUGAGCUACCUCACGGUAUUGCCCCGGGGCAUGGAGUGUGUUGUGUUCAGCAUUGACGGAUCCUUUGCAGCCAGUGUGUCUAUCAUGGGAAGUGACCCCAAGGUUCGGCCAGGUGCAGUGGAUGUUGUUCGGCACUGGCAGGACCUGGGCUACAUGAUCCUGUACAUCACGGGACGGCCGGACAUGCAGAAGCAGCGGGUAGUGUCGUGGCUGUCCCAGCACAACUUCCCACAGGGCAUGAUCUUCUUCUCCGAUGGACUGGUACAUGACCCGCUGAGGCAGAAGGCCAUCUUCCUUCGCAACCUCAUGCAGGAGUGCUUCAUCAAAAUCACUGCUGCCUACGGCUCCACGAAAGACAUCUCUGUCUACAGUGUGCUGGGCCUCCCUGCAUCCCAGAUCUUCAUUGUGGGCCGGCCCACCAAGAAGUACCAAACCCAGUGCCAGUUCCUGAGUGAAGGCUAUGCUGCACACCUGGCGGCACUGGAGGCCAGUCACCGCUCGCGCCCCAAGAAGAAUAACUCACGCAUGAUCCUGCGCAAGGGCAGCUUCGGGUUGCAUGCGCAGCCGGAGUUUCUGCGCAAGCGCAACCACCUGCGCAGGACCAUGUCGGUGCAGCAGCCGGACCCACCGGCCCCCAACCCUAAGCCCGAGCGGGCACAGAGCCAGCCCGAGUCCGACAAGGACCACGAGCGGCCACUGCCUGCGCUCAGCUGGGCGCGUGGACCCCCCAAGUUCGAGUCGGUGCCCUGAGGGGUAGGCGGUGCUCAGAACAGUGGGGGCAGCUAGUCAGCCUGCAGGGAAGGGAAGGGUUGCCUUCUCCCUGACACAGGCGUUUUCCUGCUUUUUCCCUCCCGUGUCUGUCCAGCAGUGUCCGACCAGAGCAGGGAGGGACCUUGCCCUGACAUUGGGGAGCUAGCUCUCUGGGCUGCGAUAGGGUGAAAUUUAUUUCCCCAUGCCUGUGCCCACAAGCCGGAGUCAGGAGUGAUGUGUGAGUGUGACCCUUGGGCCAAGCCUGCCUGUACCCAGUGUUUGGGUAAAGCCGGCCAUCUUUUCAAGUCCCAAGGUUUCUGUAGUCGCACUAGGCAGGCUCAAACCAGAAAAGGCCCUAGCGCUGGGCACAUGGCCGGACAAGUGUUUGUCCCUAGCAGCUUGCAGGUGCAGCAACUUGACUGUGUGUAGAGGAGUGAGUGGCAUUUGCACCUGCCCUCCUUGUGAUAUCUGGGGCCCCACUCUGGGGCUGGCUGUCUUGUGACACAGUGGGAUCACUUUAUGGGAGAGGACAUUCCCUGGGUUCAAUCUAUGUAUGUGGAGUCUGUCCACAACCCUGGGGACCGGGUCUGGUGCUGACUGUCUGUCUUGCAGCUGUCCUUUGUUCCCCUUCUUGUUCUCAGUAUCUUUAUUCUCCUGUGGCCCUUGAAGACAGAUGUCCCUCUUCCUUGAGUCUUGUCUUGUGCAUUUCCCUGAGGGGCUACAGCCAUGGACCCUGGCCUGAGUUGGUCUGGCUGUGUGCCCUUGAGUCUGUAGCAUAUCAUUUCUGGGCCCUGCUUUUUUCUGUAACUAGAAGGGGCCUCCUGGCUGAGAUGGGUCCUGGGUUUGACUCUUAGGCUGUCCAGCAUUUCUGCUCUCUGGGGCUUUGCAGAAGGCCCAGUGAGCCUCCUCCUCAUCCCAUCCCUCCCCACCCUGGGAGAGAGAUUCUGAGGUGCAGCUGAAAGGGAGCCCAGACCUCAGAGGAAGGAAGGUACUACUUUCUGGAGAAUAUGCUGGUUUGUGUACACUGAGGGAGGGAAACAGAAACCUUUUCCUUCCACCAACAAAGGGGACAUCAUGGCUGCCUCUUCCAUAGCUCUGCUCGAACUGACUUUUUCAUUCUAGGUUUCUGGAAUGCAUAAGAGCUGAGAUCUCGGGUUCUGGAGGUUCAUGGAAUAUUUUUGGCUCAAGCUGUUGUAUUCUCUUCCCUUCCCUGCCUACUCAGUUUGGUUUGAGCCUAGGGGUAGUCAGACCUCUUAGGGUGGCAGGGGAUGUGUCUUUGCUGUCAAGACCCUGGCCUUGGCAUAGUCUGCCCUUGCUCCCUGACCUAGGCUGGUACCUGUUGUAUGGCCACCUGGGUGUCUUAGAACCCCUCGGCUGCCACUGAGGCCAGAGCCAAAUACCUGUGUACACAGCAGGCACUUGUCAGCUCAGUGUCGCUUCUGUUCAAUGUCUACCUCUUGUAGCUCCCAUGCAGCCUGUGGUGGCUGCUGAUGGGGGUGGCUGGCAUCAUGUUUUGAGUCGCCCAGCAAACUGGGUGCCUCUCUUGGGUUGGAGGGGGUGUGGGCUCCCAGUACCCACCCUGUUAUUUCCACUCAAAUGUCUUCUCCAGCCUGCCAGCUCCUGCUCCCUCUGCCCAUCCCAUGCCAUCCUAUCUGCCAGCUCCUCCCCUGCACUAUCAGCACUGCAUUGGGGCAAACUGCGCUCAUCACUGCCAGGGGCCUGCAGAGAGGGCAAGGAGGUAUGGGACCAGCUUUAGCUUCCCGUUCGGACCCGCCUCCUAGAAGUUCAUCCCUGACCCCCCACCAUUCCUUCUAGAAAUCCAUGCCCCACCCACAUCAUUCUUGCCUAUCUUUUGUCACCAGCUCAUAUGGUACAGCCACCUGAGUUGCAGUCCUCUCCCCUGAAUGCUGUGAUUUGAGCUUGGAUAUACCGAUAGAUUCUCUCACAGUCCUAUGUCUCCUCUCAACAGGAGCCACCGAGGCUGACUUUCAAAUGAUAAACGCUUCUUCCUUACCCGAGAACCCCAGGCUGAGUGUAUGUGUGAGUGGGGGACCCCGGGGAGAUUGGAGCCAGUGACAGGGCUCUGUGGGUCAGAGCCAGCCAGAGGCCCCACUCUCUUUUGCUCGAGCCCCACAUUGGGGCUUGGGUGACCCCUUUUGAGAUGCCGCUGGUGUACAGGUGUUGUGACUUCCACCCUAGGAGCUGUGGCCGGCGCGGGUGAAGUAUGCACUCGCUGCUCUGGUGAGUGAACAGCUCAGUAUUGCUUCCUGGCAACUGUACUCCAUGUGUGCUUUCUUAUAGUGCUGUGUUCAGUUAGGUCAGAGACAAAAGGAGCUGAUUCCUAGUGUUCUCCAGAGGAGGGCGCUGUUGCCUCCUCCAGUAGUUCUGUGACACCCCGUCCAGCUGAUUUCUAGCAACCUCUAGCUCCUGGUGUGCCUGCUCUCCAGCUGCUGGAAACAUGUUCCUGCUUGACCAAAGUUCCCGUAUCUGAGUGGCAUGUUUGUUCUUCCCAUGUGGUGGCUGUCCUGACCUGGCUGAGGGAUGCCUGACACCUUUCUUUAUCCCUAGUCCUGUUGUGGGUCGCUGGAGUCUGCUCUUUCAGCCCUCAUGCCCCUCACCCCCCAAAGAUUGACCCUUCCCCGAAGCAUCACAACGUAUUUUUUAAAAAAUAAAUUAUUUUCAUGCAUUCAGACGAACGGCCUUCCUGCCUGGGUGCUGGGCUACAACAACGUAUCCGAACCUCAGUAUUCCUGAGAUUGGGGUGGUUCUCUGAAGGAGGGAAGGCUGUACCUAAUGGUUUUUAAACUGUACUUGGGGCACUUUGCAGCCCAGAGCUGUGCCCCAGAAGUAUCCUGCAGACAAAACAUGGCACCUAUCUAUCUAUUUUUCACUGAGGAAUGGACCCUGCCAGACCAGUGCAUCCAGGUCUGGAGGAGGUGCCACUUUUGCAGGCAUACUCUCCAUCCAGCUCAGGUGAAGCCCCAUCCGGGAGGGGCACCCUGACUGUAGGACCCCGCCUUAAACAACCACUUUCCAGUGGAAUCCCUUGGGGGUUCCAUUCCAAGUGCUCUGGAAAUUAAAAAAAAAAAAAAAAUCCCACUUUCUUUCCCUUCUGGGCUAGGGAGGAGUUUCUUAUACACCCAAGUUAAGUAUUGAGUACAAGUAGCAAAGCCCUGUUGAGCUCUGACCUUGCUGGGAAACUAACAGGGAGGUUGGAAAGAAAAUCAGAACUUGACUCCACCCUGUGGUGGCACAGGAGAGGUGGGGUACACCAAGGAGCACUGUAGGCACAGUGGCUAGUGUGGGACAUGCCCCCUCAGACCCAGACCCACUGUUCUUUUCUGUUUACUCAGUGGUGGCAGCCAGUCUGACCUUGUCUGUGGUCUGCCUGUCCCAGUGUGUAACUUCCAGUACUCUCUGUGAUGGCUGGUUCUGUGCUAGAGGCUCAUUAUAGUCCUCAUGGCUGCCUUGUACAAAAUCCGUUAGAAAAGAGAAUGUAAAAUAUCCAAUUUCUAACAAGACAAAAACAGCAUUAUGGAGUUAAAAGAUUUUUACAAUUGGUCUUGAUUUUGAUGUGAGCUGUUUUUAACUCUGAAACGUUGUCACUUAAAUAAAAACCUUAUUUGCCUUUAA